AAAGGAAACAGCAUUUACAAUUAUGUUCUCUGGGUUCUUGCUUGUUCUCUGUCUAGUUCACAGUUCUGUGCAGCUAGUGGACAUUAAAACAUUUUUACUAUAUAAUAAAGUCAACAGGCUCUGUCUUGAGGCAUCUAUUGCACAGUCAGUUAGAACUGCCACUUGCAAUCAAGAAAAUGAAUCACAAAAAUUCAGGUGGAUCACAGAUCAUCAGCUUAUGAGUGUGAAACUAACACUAUGCCUGGGAGUGCCAUUGAAGAAGGAUCAGGCCAUGGUCACCCUGUAUCCCUGUAAUCAAAAGAGUGAGCUCCAGUGGUGGGAAUGCAGAAAUGAAAGCCUUCUUGCAAUCCAAGGAGAAGAUUUAUUUCUCAGUCCUGGCAACGAAGAGCAUGACAAUGUUUUGUUAAAGAAGGAACUGAGUGCAGGGAAUAAAUGGAAUAUCUAUGGGGCCAUGGAUGUUUUAUGUUCCCAGGGAUAUGAAGAGACCUUCACGCUGCUGGGGAACGCCUUCGGGGCGCCGUGCGUGUUCCCGUUCCGGUUCCGGGGCCGGUGGCGGGCGGCCUGGGCGGCCUGCACGGCCGCGGGCCGCGCUGACGGCCGGCGCUGGUGCGCGACCACCGCCGACUACGACCGCGACCGGCGCUACGGCCUGUGCCCGUCCGCAGAUAAAGACAGCACAUGGACUACAGAUCUGUCAAAAAAUGUUCACUACCAAGUAAAUUCUGAUUCAGCUCUCACGUGGCACCAAGCCAGGAAGAGCUGUCAGCAGCAAAAUGCAGAAUUACUGAGUAUCACAGAUAUUCAUGAACAAACAUACCUUAAAGAAUUAACAGGAGGUACGGAUUCUGCACUGUGGAUUGGACUCAACAGACUGGACUUGAGUAGUGGAUGGGAGUGGAUUGGAGGCAGCCCUUUCCAGUACUUAAACUGGGCUCCAGGAAGCCCUUCUCCAGAAUCUGGGAAGCUCUGUGCAGUUUUGAAUCCUGAAACAAAAGCUAAAUGGCAAAAUUGGGAUUGUGAUGAGAAACUUGGUUAUAUUUGUAAGAAAAAGAACUUUACUUUGGCUCCUUCAGGUGACCCUGGGCCUGUCACUUGCCCAGAUGGAUGGGUGCCCUAUGUAGAUCACUGCUACAGGGUCUUCAGGGACAGCAAAGGAUGGGAAGGAGCUUUGACCUCCUGUCAGAAGGAAGGGAGUCACUUGGCCAGCAUCCAAAGCCUCGAGGAGCACAGCUUUAUGGUGUCUCAACUUGGGUACAAGCCAACAGACAAGCUGUGGAUUGGGCUGAAUGACCGUAAGGUUCAAAUGUAUUUUGAGUGGAGUGAUGGUACCCCAGUGACAUACACGAAGUGGCACCUGGGAGAGCCAUCCACUACAAACAACAGGCCAGAAGACUGUGUCCUGAUCAAGGGCCAGAAUGGCUAUUGGGCAGACUACAUCUGUGAGAAGAAGGCUGGCUACAUUUGUAAAAGAAAAGGUACAUCACAAACAGCUGGAGAAAAAGAAAUUACUGCUGCAGGUUGCAAAAAAGGCUGGAGAAGAUAUGAGACCUACUGCUAUUUUAUUGGACAUAUUCCAGCAACGUUUUCAGAAGCAAACAUCACUUGUGAAGGAGAAGAAGGUUACUUAGUCACAGUUGAAAGUAGGUAUGAACAAGCCUAUCUGACUAGCCUUGUUGGGCUGAGGCCUGAAAAAUAUUUCUGGCUUGGCCUCUCAGAUGUGAAGGAUCAAGGCACUUUCAGCUGGGCCAAUGGUGAAGCUGUGUCCUUCACACACUGGGGUGCAGGAAUGCCUGGAAAUAAUCUGGGAUGUGUAGCCAUGAGAACUGGGACUGCAGCUGGAUUAUGGGAUGUUCUUGACUGUGAGACAAAGCAAAAAUAUAUUUGUAAGCAGUGGGCAAAGGGUGCAACAGUUCCACCUGUUCCAACUACUGCUCUGGUCCCUACAUGCCCUGAAGGUUGGGUAUCAAACAACCAUGGAAGUUCCUGUUUUAAAUGUUUUUGCAGAUCGAGAAUUAGAAAGAAAUCAUGGUUUGAAGCUCGAGAUUUUUGCAGACAAAUAGGAGGGGAUCUGGUCACCAUUGACACUAAGGAGGAGAUGCCAUUCCUAAUGGAAGCAAUAAGAGCCACUCGCUGUAUGUUUGAAACAAUUUGGCUCGGUAUAUUUUCCUUGAAUCCAGAUGAAGGAUUUGCCUGGAGUGAUGGCUCUCCAGUGAGGUACACAGACUGGGAUGUUAGCACAAGGAAUUCAGGACGGAGCAAGUUUUGUGGCUCACUCUAUUAUGCGAGAUCUUCUGGCCUGUGGUCUCUUUCGGUGUGUCAAGAACAGAGAAACUGGGUUUGCCAGGUGAAACAAGGAGUGUCAUUAAAACCUGAACCCAUUGACACAUAUGAAUAUAAAACCACUGCAGAUGGAUGGGUCAUAUAUGAAGAUAAGCUCUACUAUAUCAGCAAAGAACAGGUUUCCAUGGAAAGAGCCCAAGAGUUUUGCAGGAAGAAUUCUGCAGACCUGGUUGUUGUUAAUAGUAACAGUGAGAGAAGGUUCCUAACGAGAGCACUAAAAGAAAAUGAGAGAUACGGGGGAGAGCAAAUAGGUUACUACAUUGGUCUAAGAGUGAGCCUUGAUAAAAAGUUCAGCUGGAUGGAUGGAACUCCAGUAACCUAUGCGGCCUGGGCUCCUAAUGAACCUAACUUUAAAAAUAAUGAAGAAAAUUGUGUGGUAAUGGUGUCAGAGCAUGGCUUGUGGAGUGACUAUAACUGUGGUUCUGCCCAUAAAUUUAUAUGUGAAAAACAUAACAGUUCUAUUAAUUCAACAUUACCUUCUCCAUUGCCUCCUUCCGGAGGAUGUCCAGAAAGUUGGAUAUUUUUUAACAACAAGUGUUUCAAAGUAUUUGCUUCCAAUACAACAAGAAAUCUCAUGUGGCAUUCUGCACGAGAUGUUUGCUUCAGUUUGGGAGGAAACCUGGCCACUAUUCCAAAUGAACAAGUGCAAGCUUUCCUUUUCUAUCAUUUGAAGUAUGCCACAGCUGAUGUUUGGAUUGGGAUGAAUGAUAUCAACAGAGAGUCCACAUUUCUUUGGACGGACGGAAGCUCUGUUUCCUACACCAACUGGGUUAAUGGUGCACCAGAAAAACAGCAAAGCUACUUUGACUAUUAUGAGUUUGAAAGAUUGACAGAUGAUGCUCUGGAGACAGAUUGUGUCUUCAUCAUGAAGUCAGAUGGGAAGUGGAGAGAUGAUAGCUGUGACAACGAAAGAGGCUUCGUGUGCCAGAUGAAUCCACUUCCCUCACAGCCUGAAGUGCCAACAACAAACCCAGCCUCUGGCUUUGCUCAUUAUGGUGACAGUAGCUAUUCAAUAAUUUCAUCUGAAAUGCAAUGGGAAGAGGCCAGAAAAAAUUGUCAAGAGAAGUCUGCAGAACUUGCCAGCAUUUUGGAUGCCUACAUCCAUUCAUUCUUGUGGAUCCAGAUGUUGAAAUAUGGAAAACCGUUAUGGAUUGGUCUUAACAGCAAUAUGACUGGUAGCUAUUACAAAUGGACCAAUAACUGGAAAACCAGGUACACAAAAUGGGCAGCAGGGGAACCAAAGGAGAACCAUGCUUGUGUUUACCUUGAUCUUGAUGGUACUUGGAAAACAGCAUCUUGCAAUGAAAGCUACUUUUCAGUUUGCAUGAUAUCAGGUGAGACAGCUCCUACUGACCCGGCUGAGCUGCCUGGAGACUGUCCUGAAGCAGAUGAGCUCCAGGCUUGGAUCCCUUACCAUGAUCACUGCUACUACCUGGAAGCAUCAGCUGAGAGAACCUGGGCACUGGCCUCCCUUGAGUGUGCUCGUUUAGGAGCUACCUUGGUUUCAGUAGAAAACAUGGAUGAAUCUCACUUUCUGACUAAUAAAAUUCAACCACUUGGAAAUAAAGUAGGAGGCUUUUGGAUAGGACUUUACCAGAAUGUGGAAGGCCAGUGGCUGUGGCUAGAUAAUGCUGUCCUAGACUUUGUUAACUGGGAGGACAAAGAGUUUGGUGAGGAGCAUCAAUGUGUGGAAAUAACUGCACCAUCUGGCUAUUGGGACAAAAGGGACUGCUCUGAUGAAAAAGGAUUUAUCUGCAAAAAACCCAAAGUUGAGCCAAAUGGGAGUCCUAUAAAGCAAAAAGGCAAGGAAAAGAAUGGAGAGACUCACCCACCUGUUCAUGUCUCUGUUUGGCCACUUAUCUUCUUGGCUGUUUUAGCUGUUUUUGGAGGUGGCAUGGCAGCCUAUUUCUACAAAAGAAAAAGACAAAACCAGCUUCCAACAGAUUCUGGCAAUGAAACACUAUUAAAAUGAUGUAUUGGUGACUGAAGCAUUGGUGAGAAUGGGUCCUGUGGCAUUUUACUUGGAGCAGCAAGUUACUUACUGAAAUUAAAGGAUGUAUCUGUUAAAAAUCUCUAGUGAGAUCUAGUGUAAUCUUAAAUUAAAUCACUUUCCUCUUUUUGCACUAGCUGAUUUUUUUAUCAUUCAUAUUUUACAAAAUCAGAAUUAGAGUUGGAUGUUAGGAGGGUCAAGAUGUUCUCAAGUGCCUUAUCAAGGAUGGUUAUGCAAAAAAACUUGUCAGAAACAGACAUGUAUUGAAAAAGGACUAUAAAAGCCAACUAGUGAGAAUGAAUGUCCAAUAAAGUUUGAAUGCCAUUUAGAACUGCAUUGCUGUGACAUUGUGAGCACUAAAAAAAAUCUUAAAAAUUGGAACCUAACUCUUUUGCAAACUUGAACUCUUUAACCCCACAAACUCCACUGCGCCAGACCAGUACUUUUAUUGUUCUUUAUGGCUAAAUCCUGUAACACUUACCAAACUGCUUUGUAUUCUUUUCUCAGAAAAUUUUGGGGCAGAAAGUCUUGUCAUGUUCAUUUUCUGCUAUGGAAAAUGGUUUAUGUCGGUAAAGAAAAUUAAGACUAAGUAUAAGUUGUAAUCAUUUUUCAAUUCAAUCAUGUGAUUUUUUACUGUCAUAUGUUUAUUUACAUGAAUUAAAAUA